GCGGACAGCCUAUUUCGAGAGAACCGCAGUCACGUGUGGGCUCGCGUGUGAGUCGCUCUAUCCAGUGUCACCAGAAUGGGAUUUUGCCAGCCGAAGCUCCGCUUGAUUCUGUCGAUAUUCCUGCUGGCGGGCCUGGCUUCGGCGAAUAUAAUCAAAGAUGCUAGGCUAUGUGAUGUGAGCCCCUCAGAGAAUGAGAUUGCCAAAGAAUCAGAGCGAAGCCGAAAGGCUCAGGUCAACGUUGAUCCAGCAGGGUACACUUUGAGUCACGUAGUGAUCCUGAGUCGGCACAGUAUUCGAGCGCCACAGAGAAUUGACAAUAAGCUUAUCAAAACAGAAAGCUUUCCUCUCGGCCUAGGAUAUUCAACGAAGAUCGGGAACAGGUUUUCCGUCAAAGUUGGCAAGAUCUGGCGAGAGUUCUAUGGCGACUUCGUCAAAAAUACCAACAUCCGACAAACUUGGAUCAGGAGUUCGAGUUAUAUAAGAUGCGCCGAAACUCAACAACUGGCUCUAGGGCAGAUGUUGCCUCCGGAUGACGAGUUCUCCUUCGGGCAUCCCACCCAGCCUAUAAUAGCCAUCAAACUCCCGAUCGGGAACGACGUGAAUGUCGAAACCUGCGACGUGCCUGCUCCUCAGAGUCUUCCAGAACUGGACGAGCUCACAGAUCCCGCCUUGACUUCAGAUGGAUUCUCAACGUUCGGAGAAUUCGUGAAAUUCGUCACGGAUAAAACUGGCUACCUCCCCAACGAAACGGCCUACUUCGAGCCUAUAAUCGAUGGAAUCUAUUGCUCGAAGUACAAUCAACUCCCCAUACCCCGAUGGGCAGAGGAGAAAUGGCGCUCCUUGGAUUUCGCCAUGAGGAAGCUAAGCCACGAUUACUGGAUCAACGAAAUACCCUAUUACGGGAACUACAUCGGCAAAUUCCUGGCGAGCAGACUUUCGACUUUUGCUAAUGGACCGUACCAGCACAGGUUCUCGUUCUUGUCUUAUCACGACACAAGCAUUCAAGCUGUGCUCAAGGCUCUGGGGAAUGAUCCUGUGGAACUUUACCCUGGAUUCUUGGCUGCUCUCCACUUCCAAGUUUACAGGAGAGAUUCCGACGGCGAAUUAUUCGUCAGGGCCAUGUAUCACCAAGGAGCGACACCCGAGCUGGAAUAUCGCGAUGCGGAAGAAAUCAGAAUCGAAGCUUGUCCUUUCCCGAGCUGUACCCUCAAAGAUCUCGCUUCGAAGCUGUCACACAUUUACGACGAUGUCGACCGAAGCCCUUGCAGUAGAAUCGAUUUUACAGCUCUUUUAUAAUCAAGCAGUUUAGCAAAGAAUCGAUGCUGAACAUUGACUUCCGGGGAGCGACCUGUAUAUAAUGUUCGAGGACUCAUAUCAAGGAUUACGUUGUAAUAAUCCGACCUACCUAAUUUACACCUUUUCUUAGACUCCAUGUGAUAUAAUAAAUUCUGACCGGGGUGUGUUUAUUUGAGCCCA